AUGUCGAAAGCCCCGCGACUGGAGCCAAGUCCCAGUUCGAGCCAGGCAAGUGGACAUGAUGAAUGGCACCUAAUGCCGUUUGGUUCACCGUGCUACUGUCACAAGAUCCCCAUCCAGCAUAUGGCCAAGCCAGGCCUUGAGUCCGAUAUGGCCGAUCCGAAACCCGUCUAUGACCAAAUUCCCACCGAAGACGGCGGCUAUCAGCCCUACAAGGCUGCCGGCAAGCUGAAAGGAAAACGAGCCAUCAUCACCGGUGGAGACUCUGGUAUUGGACGAGCAACAGCCGUUCUCUAUGCUAUGGAGGGAGCCUCGAGCUUGAUCAUCUACUUGCCGGAAGAAGAGUCGGAUGCCCAAGAGACCAAGCGGCUCGUGGAAAAGCACGGAGCUCAGUGUCAUUGCCUGCCGAUUGACCUGCGAAAGCGGGAGAAUUGCAAGAAAGCUAUUGACACAGCCCUGCAGACUUUGGGGGGCAUUGAUAUUUUGAUCAAUAAUGCAGCUUUCCAGAACAUGCUGAGUGAUAUCAGCGAGUUGGACGAGGACCAAUGGGAACGAACCUUCGAUACCAACAUCCAUUCCUUCUUCUACUUGUCCAAAUAUGCGUUGCCGCACAUGAAGCGAGGUUCCACGAUCAUCAACUGCUCCUCCGUCAAUCCGUAUAUUGGCCGCGGCGAUCUGCUGGAUUAUACCUCUACCAAGGGAGCUAUCGUGGCCUUCACACGCGCUCUGUCGAAUCAGCAGCUGAAGAAUGGUAUCCGCGUGAAUUGUGUCUGUCCAGGUCCGAUCUGGACUCCACUGAUCCCAUCGACUAUGCACACAUCUGCAAUGGAACAAUUCCACACCGUCCCCAUCGGACGCUCGGGACAGCCGAGUGAGGUGGCAACGUGCUUUGUCUUCCUUGCAAGUCAAGAUAGUAGUUUCAUUGCGGGCCAGUGUCUUCAUCCCAACGGCGGAGUGAUGGUCAACGGUUGA